UACGAAACCAGCGCGCCUGUGCCGUUCCCUAGCUCGCGCCCUCACGCUCCCCUUCGGAAGCGGAGCUGAGGGGAAGACCCGGCUGGUAGUCCACACGUCUGUUCUCAGUCGUGGUCCGGGCGGCCAUGUCGGCCGGGGAGGUGGAGCGCCUGGUGUCGGAGCUGAGCGGCGGGACCGGUGGGGAUGAGGAGGAAGAGUGGCUCUAUGGCGAUGAAAAUGAAGUUGAAAGACCAGAAGAAGAAAAUGCCAGUGCUAAUCCUCCAUCUGGAAUUGAAGAUGAAACUGCAGAAAAUGGGAUAUCAAAACCGAAGGUGACUGAAACUGAAGAUGAUAGUGAGAGUGACAGUGACGAUGAUGAAGAUGAUGUUCAUGUCACUAUUGGUGAUAUUAAAACUGGAGCACCACAGUAUGGAAGCUAUGGAGCAGCACCUGUUAAUCUUAAUAUCAAGACAGGAGGAAGAGUUUAUGGUGCGGCAGGAACAAAAGUCAAAGGUGUAGACCUCGAUGCACCUGGAAGCAUUAAUGGAGUUCCACUAUUGGAAGUAGAUUUGGAUUCUUUUGAAGAUAAACCAUGGCGGAAACCAGGUGCUGAUCUCUCUGAUUACUUUAAUUAUGGUUUUAACGAAGAUACAUGGAAAGCUUACUGUGAAAAGCAAAAGAGGAUACGAAUGGGACUUGAAUUAAUACCAAAUAAAAUUACGGCCGAAGACUAUACUAUGGAAGUUACACCAGGUGCAGAGAUCCAAGAUGGCAGAUACAAUCUUUUUAAGGUACAGCAGGGCAGAACUGGGAAUGCAGAGAAGGAAACAGUGCUACAGUCUACCAAAGCUGAAUUUACAUCUCCUCCUUCUCUAUUCAAAACAGGACUUCCUCCAAGCAGAAACAGCGCCUCUUCUCAGUCUCAGACAAGUUCUGCCUCCAGAAAAGCUAAUUCAGGCAUCGGGAAGUGGCAAGAUCGAUAUGGGAGAGCCGAAUCACCUGAUUUAAGGAGAUUAUCUGGCACAAUAGAUGUAAUUGGUCAGACUAUCACUAUCAGCCGAGUAGAAGGAAGACGGCGGGCAAAUGAAAAUAGCAAUAUCCAGGUUCUUUCCGAGCGAUCUGCUGCUGAAGUAGACAACAAUUUUAGCAAACCACCUCCAUUUUUCCCUCCAGGAGCUCCUCCUACUCACCUCCCACCACCUCCAUUUCUUCCUCCUCCUCCAACUGUCAGCACUGCUCCACCUCUGAUUCCCCCACCAGGUAUUCCAAUAACUGUACCACCUCCAGGUUUUCCUCCUCCCCCAGGAGCUCCUCCUCCGUCUCUUAUACCAACAAUAGAAAGUGGGCAUUCUUCUGGAUAUGAUAGUCGUUCUGCUCGUGCAUUUCCAUAUGGCAAUGUUGCCUUUCCUCAUCUUCCUGGUUCUGCUCCUUCAUGGCCUAGUCUUGUUGACACUACCAAGCAGUGGGACUACUAUGCCAGGAGAGAGAAAGACAGAGAGAGAGAGAGAGAACGAGACCGAGAGAGAGACCGUGACCGGGAUCGGGAAAGAGAACGUACCAGAGAGAGAGAGAGGGAACGUGAUCACAGCCCAACACCGAGCGUUUUCAACAGUGAUGAAGAACGAUACAGAUACAGAGAAUAUACGGAACGAGGCUAUGAGCGUCAUAGAGCAAGUCGAGAAAAAGAAGAGCGACACAGAGAAAGAAGACACAGAGAAAAAGAGGAGACAAGACACAAGUCAUCUCGAAGCAAUAGCAGAAGACGCCAUGAAAGUGAAGAAGGGGACAGUCACAGGAGACAUAAACACAAAAAAUCAAAAAGGAGCAAAGAAGGAAAAGAAGCUGGCAGUGAACCUGCCCCAGAGCAGGAGAGCACUGAGGCUGCCCCUGCUGAAUAGGCCUUUUGUGCUUGCAUUAGUGCCAGAAAUUGGCUGCUUUAAAUUUGUUAUUUUUCUGGAUAAUGUUUAAAAAAAUUUCCUCUUAAUCUUGUUCUGUUAGUAUGAAAAAGAAAAGGUUAAUUUUUUUUUUCAAAAUAAAGAGUGAAUUUUUCAUGUCAAGUUUAGACUUGAAUUUGUCAUUAUCAUGUAAUAUUUGAGAAAUCAAAGGAUAGAAAUCACUAAGAGGGUAUUGUGAGCAAAGCACUUAUUGAGAAAUUUAGAGAGGAUGUUCCUUUUAAGCUACAUACCAAGUUGGAUAUCAUCGUUAAUUAUAUAUACACAAGCUACUUGAUAGAAGGUCAGGCUUACCUAAGCUUUCCUGAGCUAAUCAGCUGCCUGUCACAUGCCCCGCUGUGAAAGUAUCAAAGCCUCAAGAUGUAUGAGCCUCAAGAAUUCUUAAUGAAAACUGUAUAAAUAUGAACAUGUUAUUUCCAAAUAAUUUUUUUUCGAAUGGAGCUCUUUCUGUUGACACAGUAUGGCACUCAUCUUGGUAUUAUGACUUCAACAACAAAAUUUUAGUAUAAAUUUGGGAAUAUAAGCAGAUGUUGAAAUAUGGGAUAUAACCUCAUAUUUCCAAAUCAGGAAGAUCUGUUAUUAAGGCAUUCUGGUAAUUUUAUUAGAAAUUACUUGAUUCAAAUAAUUCCUAGCAGGCACAUACUCAGUAGUAUCUUGUCACUUUGGCACAACUUUGGUCCUCCUUACCAUCCAGAAGAGCCAGGAUUAAAUGAAAUUUUCUGUUGCAAAAUACCUUUAGUGAUUUUUUUGAAGGCCUCUUGGCUUAUAAUUUGUGCAGUUUUGCACCCUUACUACAUUAUGUUGUGAAGAAAAUGACCUUUGUUCCUAGUAAAUUAGUCACUUAUGAGGGCUAAAAGAGGCAAACUUAGAAUUCUGAGUAUGUAUAGGUUGAUCCUAAAGUUACUAUUGUUAGUUUUUAUAACAAAUAACAUGGCAUUAUAAAGAAUGAGUUACAGUUUAUUUUUAAUUACAACAAAUCUGUUCAUCAUCAUAUAACUUAGACGAAGUAAAUUUGAAAAAUGUUUGCUGCAUAGCUGAUCAUGAAGGGAAAACCUUGCUAUAAUGUAAUCUUUAGAUGUUUGAGGUUGAAACCAUAAAUUUAAUCACAAAUUA